GGAGGAGCUGGUGUUACAUUUCCCUAAAGCUGCACUAGAACUGGUUAAGUUAGGUGUUAGUGGUGAACACUGGCACAGACAGUCCACAGAGCAGCAUCAGGAUGGAAGGGAUCUUCAUUGGUGUCUUGUGUCUCUCAGGGUGCCUCACCUUCUCCACAUGCCUCCUCCGUCAGUACCACUUUGUGUCUGAUGUAAUGAAUUGGACUGAAGCUCAGAGCUACUGCAGAGAGAAGUACACAGACCUGGCCACUAUUGAAAACACUGAAGAAAUGAAGAAGCUUAAAGACACAGUUUCCGCUGCUGGUAACAGCUCUGAGGUUUGGAUUGGACUGUACAGUCAUAUUGACUGGAAGUGGUCAGAUGGGUUCAACCAGAGUGGAGCUGAAUAUAGGAACUGGUUGACUAUUGAACCAAACAAUGUAGAUGCCAAUGAGUUCUGCGUGCUCAAGGCAUGGAAUGGAAGAUGGAAUGAUGAUCACUGCAAAAAACACCAUCGAUUUUUCUGCUACAAUGGAACAUUAGAGGAUUCUGACUUUGUGCCAGUGACUACAGCAAAGACUUGGUCUGAGGCUCAGAGGCACUGCAGAGAACACUACACAGAUCUGGCCACUGUGACGAACGACACUGACAACAACAAGAUACAGAACUUGAUGACCGAUGGCAAUUGGGGAUGGAUCGGUUUGUACAGAGAUCCUCAGAUUUACUGGUCCGACGGGAGUAACUACUCAUUCAACUCCUGGUAUCAGGGUUUCAACCCACUUGGCUCGAUGAAAGUCAUAUGUGGUGUUGCAGAUUUAGAGGAGGGCGGAAAAUGGAGGUUAUUUUCCUGUGAAGAAAGAAAACCAUUUGUCUGCUACAGCGUCCCAACAGUGAAGACGUUGGUGAAGAUGAAGGUGAAGCUAGAGGACUCCUCUGUGGACCUGACUGACCCAGGUGUGAAAGAACAGAUUCUGAAACAGCUCCAGGACAGAUUGAAGGAGAACGGACUGAGUGGCGUCACCUUGAAGUUGAAAGAACAGGCUGAUGGGAAAGUUUUCCACAAGGAGGAAAAAGGCUGGCGCCAGAUUAUUCCAUAUAUCAUGGUAGUUGUUUCGCUGUUGCUCUCGACCUUCACGUCUCGUUUUGUUUUGUGGACUAAAGACCUGCUUCUUGCUUGCUUCACGCAGAACCUCCGUGUGCCUCUUUGCUCUGCUGUCAUCCUCGCCUCUCCGUGGAUCCUCCAGCCAGCCUGCACCCUGCCGCUCCAGCCUGUACCUGCCUACACAGUCAAUAAACUAGAUGGAGAUGUGGAGCCAGAGGACGUGGGAAUCGUGAUUGAAGGUAUCAGAGUCAUGGACAACUUAGGAAGGGUGAUAAUGGGGUUCAUCAAGCUGUUUGGGAUCAUUAAUGCCCUUGAUCAGAGCUUUCCAGACAACCUCAACUGCACAGGGGUGGAGGCAGAGACCAGUCUGGGGUGCCUCACCUUCUCCACAUGCCUCCUCCAUCAGUACCACUUUGUGUCUGAUGUAAUGAAUUGGACUGAAGCUCAGAGCUACUGCAGAGAGAAGUACACAGACCUGGCCACUAUUGAAAACACUGAAGAAAUGAAGAAGCUUAAAGACACAGUUUCCGCUGCUGGUAACAGCUCUGAGGUUUGGAUUGGACUGUACAGUCAUAUUGACUGGAAGUGGUCAGAUGGGUUCAACCAGAGUGGAGCUGAAUAUAGGAACUGGUUGACUAUUGAACCAAACAAUGUAGAUGCCAAUGAGUUCUGCGUGCUCAAGGCAUGGAAUGGAAGAUGGAAUGAUGAUCACUGCAAAAAACACCAUCGAUUUUUCUGCUACAAUGGAACAUUAGAGGAUUCUGACUUUGUGCCAGUGACUACAGCAAAGACUUGGUCUGAGGCUCAGAGGCACUGCAGAGAACACUACACAGAUCUGGCCACUGUGACGAACGACACUGACAACAACAAGAUACAGAACUUGAUGACCGAUGGCAAUUGGGGAUGGAUCGGUUUGUACAGAGAUCCUCAGAUUUACUGGUCCAACGGGAGUAACUACUCAUUCAGCUCCUGGUAUCAGGGUUUCAACCCACUUGGCUCGAUGAAAGUCAUAUGUGGUGUUGCAGAUUUAGAGGAGGGCGGAAAAUGGAGGUUAUUUUCCUGUGAAGAAAGAAAACCAUUUGUCUGCUACAGCGUCCCAACAGUGAAGACGUUGGUGAAGAUGAAGGUGAAGCUAGAGGACUCCUCUGUGGACCUGAAUGACCCAGGUGUGAAAGAACAGAUUCUGAAACAGCUCCAGGACAGAUUGAAGGAGAACGGACUGAGUGGCGUCACCUUGAAGUGGAAAGAACAGGCUGAUGGGAAAGUUUUCCACAAGGAGGAAAAAGGUUCUGACAAGAAAAAAAAAACUGAGCUUUAAUAUUUUUAUUCAACUUUAAUUGCAUGUGCUAAUGUUUCAUGUCUGCAAGUAUACACACCUCUAUCACUGUACGCAGUUAAACCAUACCAAUGAAUGAUGUAGAAAAACUAGCCUUUGUUUGAUUAUAUGCUUAAACUGUGCGUCUGUGUAUAAAGAGCAUCAGGAACGUUAUGCUGCCUGGGAAGAAUGUCUCAAUAACAACCGACACAGGGAGAGUCUCCAUCUGAAGAAAAAUGUAAUUAGUUGCUAGGCAGGUUAAUAAUGUUACAGCUGAUUAUGUCUUAUACUAAGGGAAUGACAAAGACCCACAGCACAGGUCCAGCCCAUGUAAAACAGAUUUCUGGUUGCAACUGUACGCUUUCACAGCACCAUAUAUCCAGCAUAAAGAAAUGUAAUAAUGUAUGCGCCCUUACUGGAAUCAUUGUUUUUUUAACCUAUAUUAAGUGUGUGGAAAUGUAAUCAUAAAAAAAAAUGCAGAUAGACAUCGCCCGAAUCUAAUGGAGUCUGGAGACAGGACCUUCUAAAUCGAGUAAGGCCUGAAACAGAGGCCUCCAAAACUCCAAGAUUUAUAAUGGUGUCAAAGUUAGACCAACAACCACAAUUUGAAUUCACCAUUAGAAUCGAUCCCUGAAGUAACUGUAGGGGGAGACAAAGUAAACUUGGGAAAGUAUGACACCAUUAGGUUUCGGGACUAAUCAGAAGUUUUGAACCAAUCAGGAGAUGGAGAGAUUCACCUCCUGAUUGGUUGAACGGGCAAAAUCUGAGACAAUGAUGAGCAUAUAAGCAGAAGGUUUGAAGCUCAGUCUUCAGUUGGGCUCCGGAGCCAGCUCAGGUUUACAUCUUGUAAAAAAAAAAUAAACUCUACUGCAUUGAA